UAUGCGACUUAAAUUGGUCGAGAACCCUCAUGCACCAACAAUGAAAAAAUUCUUCUCUUUCGAAAAAAAUCAUAUUUUUGACACGUUACAGAUAGUCAGUGUAACUUGAAUAACUUUUGAACACUACAAGAUAAAAAGUUCGAACUUUCGUAGAUUAAGAGAGCAGACUUUGCGCUAUUGAAUGAUCACCUUGAAAUUAAAAAUCUAUCUGAAAACGUUUUUGUCCGGUAGGGCAUAAAAUCUUCAACGGUAAUUAACAGUCUUGAUCACUUACUCACCUGUUGAAUUUAAUAUAGAUUUGUCCCCGAAAGACCACGCCUUCUAACGCUGAAAAGACAAGAUCUCUAGCUAGAUCCGUUCGCGAGAUAUUACUCCUAGAGUUUUCUCCAUCUAUUUCUGACGCCGACAUUAGUAUAGGUCUUGUUUUGCAUAAACAAGAUCAAAUUGAUCAAGCAUUAAUACAUUUUAAUAAAGCAUUAGAAAAUACAUCAUUACCAUUACAUAUUGCAUGUGUUCAUCAUAAUUUAGCAUUCGUUUAUAGUCAACAAGGUAAAUAUGACGAAGAACUUGAAUAUUAUGAAGAAGCUCUUAAAUAUCGAUCACGUCAAUUACCAGCACAUCAUUUACAAUUAGCAUCAUUAUAA